AUGGUGGAUGCGAUGCAGACACCGAUAGCAGCGCAGCCUAGAACGGUGAUUGCACCAGUUAGGGUGCCGACUGUGGAGGACUUCCUGCGCCACAAGCCAGCGGAGUUUACUGGCAAAGCUUCUCCCAAUGAAGUGGAUACGUGGCUACGCAAAUGUGAGAAGAUCUUCAAGGUGAUGAACUGCGAAGAUGAGCAGAAGUUGUUGUUUGCUACCAAUCUGCUGAAUGAGGAUGUUGAAUAUUGGUGGGCAGGUGGAGUAGGAGGGCCAGGCAACCGUCGCAAGUGUUUCAUAUGCGACAAACUUGGACACUUUACAAAUAAUUGCCCAGAAAAGAAGAGUUUGAGUGUAAAGAAACCAGCAGCAACACCCGCAGAAAGGGUUAGAGCAGCCGACAGGGUCUUUGCCUUGACCUCCACAGAGGCUACUCGAUCAGGUAACCUUAUCCUUGAGUCUUGCUUAUUGUUGGGUUAUUCAAUGUUGGUGUUGUUCGAUUCUAGAGCAACACAUUCUUUCAUUGCUAAUGCGUGUGUGGGGAGAUUAAAUCUGGUGAAACACGAUUUGGGGUGUGAGUUGCUUGUUUCAACUCCCUCCUCGGGUCAAGUAGCUACUAGUUCAGUUUGCGUUGGGUGUUCAAUGGAAGUGGCAGGUCGUAGAUUCAAGGUGAACUUGGUGUGCUUGCCUUUGGAGGGACUGGAUGUAAUCUUGGGGAUGGACUGGCUGUCUAACAAUCACAUUAUAAUUGAUUAUGGACGGCGCAGUUUGGUAUUCCCAGAACAUGAGGGAUUGGAGUUAAUCUCAGCCCAGAGAGCGAUAAAUGAAGUGGAAGCUGGAGCCACCUGUUUUAUGAUAGUGGCUCAUACAAAGAAGAAUAACACCGCCGAGAAGAUCGGUGUGAUUCCAGUAGUGGAGGAGUAUGCAGAUGUGUUUCCAGAUGAAAUACCAGAGUUGCCACCGAGCAGGGAUGUAGAUUUCACCAUUGAUCUUAUCCCUAGAGCUGGCCUAGUAUCCAUGGCACGCUAUAGAAUGGCACCAACAGAGUUGGCUGAGUUGAAGAAGUAA